AUGGUAAUAAAGAUUUAUUAUUAGAUAGAUUUGUUUUCUGUUGUAAACAAGAGCAAUUGCAUUUAAAAAAGAAAUUGCUGGAUUAAGUGCUGCAACAGCUCUUAAAGUUUCUAAAUAGCUUCUUAUUCAAUACCUAUAGAGAUUUCUUUCAAAUUUUAUUAUUAUAUCAAUUAUAUUAGUCUUUUCAAAUAUAAUAUUAUAGAUAAAUGAGUAAAAAUAAAAAAAAAGUAUUUAAAAGAUUAUUUCAAUAUAUUAUCCAGAGAUAGUUAAUAUUAAGUUUAAAUGUAAUUGGUAUGGGAAAAUCAUAGAUGUAGUAUAAAAUGAAAUAUCUAUUGAUAAAUUUGGAUUUUUGAAAUAUUAUGAUAAAAUUUAAGGCAGAAAAAGCUAAAUAUGGCAAACAUUACUUAUAUAUAAGCCAAAUUAUAAUUCUUAAUUCAAUCAACUUACACUUAAAGUCAAAUUAAAUAGGCUCAUCAAGUAUGAAUUAAAUUAAACAAUUUCCUAAAGCUUAAGAUUCAUCAAAUAUUGAAUACAUUCAAAGGAAUGAGCCAAUAGGACAUGUUUAAAUUAAUGAUGUAACUCAUAUGGAUUCGAUUAAAUAAAAUGAGAAUUCAUUAAUCAGUAAGAAAGUGACAUUGAAUGACAAUCAAAAAUACAUCUUUAUUAAACCAUAGAAUUUGUGUCAUAUUUUGAAUGAUGAAGACUUUCAUCUGUUUACAACUGAUGAAUCAAUUUUCAAAGAUACUGAAACAUAUAAGUUGAAUUGCUAUUUUGUAUAAUUAAAACUUCAUAUCUAGGCCUUCAUUUUAAUAUUGUCUUAUCAGUUUCAUCCUUUUAUUUUAAAAAAUUAUUUUGAAAGUAAUAUUAAGUUAAUUUAUUCUUUACUAACUUUAUUUUAAUAAAAUUAUUUUAUACUUAAGAUUAGAUUUUAUAAUUAUUUCAAGGGAAAUUUAUUUUCGACCUCUUUUUAAAAUUUAUAUUCCAAUAUAUCCCCAUCAUCAAAUUUUAAUGUUUUUAUUUUAUGUUUUAUUUCCUUUAAUCAAAUAUAAAAUGUAAAUUAUUUAGCUUCUACUAACAAUUAUUAGAAUAAAAAAUAAUUUUAUAGUCACUUGGUUAAUUCAUUUUCCAAUUUCAUAAGCUUUGGCUUCAAGUAAUCCAUGAUAUAUAUUUCCCUAUAAUCUUAAAUUAAUUCUUUCUAGAGUCUUUGCUUUCUUUCCUUCCUGCAAGUAUCAUAUUUAUAAGGAAUUAAAUUUUAUUAAUUUCUAUUCUCCAUCUGCCUCUUUUGGCAGUUAGCCUUUUCAAAUAAUAUUCCAUUUUUCUAUCCUCUAUUUUUUUCUCUAUAAUGGCCUUAAGAUCAAAGAAUUGAUUUCUUAUAAAGUUUUUAAGAAGUUCUAUUUUUUAAAUUAAAUUUAUUUCCCUAAGGUAAAUCUUAUUUAUUUGUAUUAAAAAAAGGAGCUCCACUCAAUAAAUAUCAUUAGCGUUAUUAAUUUUGUGAAAAAAUAUAUAACAACUAUAAUCAAAUAAAGAUGGUAUUUGUUAUAAUUUUAAUGUAGAUUUUAAAAAUAAUUUGA